UUUGACCCAACCAAGAAAGGAAACCAAAACGGAAGGGAUCAAUCGAGUCAUCGACCACCAUGGCGCCACCAAUCACGGACCUUCUUCUUGCUCCGUUCCUACUUCACUCCAUCCACUGUCACUCCUCCUGAGCUGAAGUCGCCCCCUCUCUCUCUCUCUCUCUACGAUCUCUCCCGAUCUCCGUCUAGAAUCUCCUUCUUCUCGACCACGCGCGAUGCCGAACCCGUCGGGCCAGAUCAGGGCGUCCUCGUCGCUGAUCGGGCGGCUGCUGCUGCUCCGGCGUGGAGCCGCGAGCCCCGCCCGAUGCUUCACCACGACGGAGGGGCACCGCCCGACCAUGGUCCACAAGCGCAGCCUCGACAUCCUCCACGAUCCCUGGUUCAAUAAGGGGACAGCAUUCUCUAUGACAGAGCGAGAUCGUCUUGAUCUUCGGGGUCUUCUCCCUCCCAACGUUAUGUCUUCCGAGCAGCAAAUUGAACGCUUUAUGGUUGAUUUGAAGAGGCUCGAAGUGCAAGCAAGAGAUGGACCAGGGGAUCCAAAUGCUCUGGCAAAGUGGCGCAUUCUUAACAGACUACACGACAGAAAUGAGACAAUGUACUUUCAGGUUUUAAUUGCAAAUAUUAAGGAAUAUGCACCUAUCGUGUAUACGCCCACUGUUGGUCUUGUUUGCCAAAAUUAUGGUGGCUUGUUUAGACGGCCAAGGGGAAUGUACUUCAGUGCUGCUGAUCGGGGUGAAAUGAUGUCGAUGGUUUACAACUGGCCAGCUGAGCAGGUUGACAUGAUUGUUGUCACAGAUGGGAGCAGAAUAUUGGGUCUUGGAGAUCUUGGAGUUCAGGGAAUUGCAAUUGCAAUAGGGAAGCUAGAUCUGUAUGUUGCUGCUGCUGGAAUAAACCCUCAAAGGGUACUUCCUGUAAUGAUUGAUGUUGGAACCAAUAAUGAGAAGCUUCUUAAAGAUCCAUUGUACUUGGGCCUCCAACAGCAUCGUCUUGAUGGUGAUGAAUAUAUCGCGGUAAUUGAUGAAUUUAUGGAAGCAGUGUUUACUCGCUGGCCCAAUGUCGUUGUACAGUUUGAAGAUUUUCAAAGCAAGUGGGCUUUCAAGUUAUUGCAGCGUUACCGAUGCUCCUACAGAAUGUUCAACGAUGAUGUCCAGGGAACAGCAGGAGUUGCACUUGCUGGUCUUUUAGGAGCAGUUAGAGCUCAAGGAAGGCCAAUGAUUGACUUUCCAAAAAUGAAAAUUGUCGUUGCUGGUGCUGGAAGCGCUGGAAUAGGUGUUCUCAAUGCUGCUAGAAAAACCAUGGCAAGGAUGUUGGGAAAUAAUGAAACUGCUUUUGACAGUGCAAGUAGUCAAUUUUGGGUGGUUGAUGCCAAGGGUCUAAUCACGGAGGAUCGUGAGAAUAUUGAUCCAGAGGCUAGGCCAUUUGCAAGAAAGGUUAAAGAAGCUAAUCGUCAAGGUUUGAGGGAAGGCGCAUCCCUUGUAGAAGUGGUGCGAGAAGUCAAGCCUGAUGUGCUACUUGGAUUAUCUGCAGUUGGGGGCCUUUUUUUGAAAGAGGUAUUGGAGGCUAUGAAAGGGUCAACAUCCACUAGACCAGCUGUUUUUGCUAUGUCAAACCCUACGAAAAAUGCCGAGUGUACUCCUGAAGAAGCUUUCUCUAUCAUCGGGGAGAAUGUUAUAUUUGCAAGUGGAAGUCCUUUCAAAGAUGUAGAUCUCGGCAAUGGUCAUACCGGGCACUGUAACCAGGGAAAUAACAUGUAUCUUUUUCCGGGAAUUGGGCUUGGCACACUUCUCUCUGGAUCUAGGAUUGUCUCUGAUGGCAUGCUACAGGCUGCUGCAGAAUGCUUGGCCGCUUACAUGACUGAAGAAGAGGUCCUUAGAGGGGUGAUAUAUCCAUCGAUAUCUAGCAUUAGAGAUAUAACAAAGGAGGUUGCCACAGCUGUGGUGAAGGAAGCUAUAGAAGAGGAUCUAGCAGAAGGAUACCGUGAAAUGGAUGCACAAGAACUUAAAAAACUAAAUCAGGAAGAAAUUGAAGAGUUCGUGCAGAACAACAUGUGGAGCCCAGACUACCCUUGUUUGGUUUUCAAGGAACAUUAAUAUGCGCCCUUCCCUCAUUUAAAGACAUACCAUUGAAGCUGAUGACCAAGACGCUGGAAUUGUGCAAAAGUACAUUAUUUUGGUGCUGGGGCGUACGAAUCUAAGGGCAGGUUAACUCUAACGAUUGCCGUCCUAUAUUGUCAGUUCAAAUGUUCCGCCGUUUGGCUGAUUACCUCAUCUGAGUCUGGCCAUUCCAUGAUAGUAAUCACAGUAAAGUUGGUGCACUGAUUUGUAAUUUUGUAUGCACGUAAUUGUUGAGAAUUUAGUGAAGCAUAGACCACACAAAAAUAAAUAUGAGGAGACAUGCUGAUGCUGCUUCAUCAAAUUAUGUUGUACAAUGUGGUGGACCUGGUUUUUCAGUGAGAAGACGCUUUAUGGUA